CAGCAGCAGCUCGAGCGCGCGUGGGACGCUCGCGCAGAAACUCACUAUACUGCGAAUACUUUAAAAAAGUUUAACAGGGUUCUAAAGACUCUAACGGAACUUAUCUCCCCCCUAACAGGACAGGGUUUUGCCUGAAGAAAGAAUGCGAAUAAAGACUUUGGGAGUUGACAUGUUUGAAAGGUUCGACGCGUGAUAUUUAAGAAGAGUUUUUUUUUUUUUUUUUCGGGUGUGUUUAGUAUCUAAACUAGAAGACUGGCUCAUGUCCUCGGAGACUAUCUUACCUCCGGAGGGGCCUGAAGGGCCAAAAAAGCAGCUCCAACAAGAGACAAGUACACUUCUGUCCAACUCACCAGACAAACGCAACCGCUGCACUGAUGAAUUACCAGACACUACGGAAACAUCCCAAACUCCACUACCCAGAGAUCACACUGCAGAUGAGCAGGGUCACAUGACUGGGGUGAACCACUCCCAUGAUGACCUUGUUAGAACUCAACCUCAGUCACUGCCCCAUCCAACGACAUCCCUGCAGCAUGCCAACAACAGGGAGGCUGCCAGCCAGCAGAACGGCCUGCACGCAAGGCUAAGUAACGGCCAAAGCAUGCCUUGUGGGGUCACGCAGCCCCCAACCGCCGAGCCCAGAAAACAAUACCAGUCACCCGUCUCACACCGUGUGCAGAGAAAGCUUCGCUCCAGUUUGUCCGUCAACAGUAACACCAGCCGAAGGAGUAAAAUCAGCUCUAUGGGUUCCCAUAAACCUGGCUCCACUCCAGAGGACUGCUGUGUCCACUGCAUCCUGGCCUGCCUGUUCUGUGAAUUUCUCACUCUGUGCAAUAUGGUGGUGGCUCAGGCCUCUUGCGGCACCUGCACUUCAGAAGCCUGCUGCUGCUGCUGCGCAGAUGACCUGGGAGACGACUGCAACUGCCCUUGUGACAUGGACUGUGGCAUUAUGGAUGCCUGCUGCGAGUCGUCGGACUGCCUGGAGAUCUGUAUGGAGUGUUGCGGAAUCUGUUUCCCAACAUAAAAGCUCAUGCAGACUACAGCCAGAACAUAUAUAGAGUGGGAGUGGGAGUGUGUGUGUGUGUGUGUGUGUGUGUGUGUGUGUGUGUGUGUGUGUGUGUGUGUGUGAGAGAGAGAGAAUGAGAGCAAGAGAGUGUGUUCUUUUCACACUUGUGAAAUAUCUGUUCCUGAGCUUAAGACGACCAUGUAAAGGUCAUAUAAACUGUACAAAAGGACAAAAAUACAUUUGCAUACGUUACAUAACCUUGUAGACUAAAACUACAUAAAGACAAUUCAUAGUUAAAGAGCUAAUUCACCCUAAAUAAAAAUAAAUGUCAUUGUUUGCUCACAAUGACAUUGUUCCAACCCUGUAUGUAAUGGGGACUGAGGCUGUCGGUCUCUCGCAUUCUGCUUACAACUCCUUUGGUCAAAAUGAAGAAAGUUAUACAUGUUUAAGUUUGAGUAAAUAAUUACAUACAUUUUGGGUGAAUUAUCCCUUAAGUCAGAUAUUCUGCGCUUUAUAUUCAAUGCUUUAAUAUAUCAGAGCUAUUCUUUUUGUAUUCUUUUUUUUUUUUUUUUUACUGUUUUCACUGAGUUUUCAUCUCUUUGGAGAGGUUUUUAACACUUUUUUUUUUUUUUUUAAAGAUAUUUCACAGUUUAUAACUUCAAUAACUCUCAGUUGUUGAAAUGAAUACAGAGCAGACAUCACAUGACUUGAGGCUGCUUUACACAUCACUGUAAUUUGAGUGGAAACAUAACGCUUUCACACUAUCAGAGGUCAAGUCUUUGUUAGGUUGUAAGUCGGAUUCUUAUUUUGAACUGUUUCUUGAAAAAAGAGAGGGCUGUUUAAGUGAUAGCCAAUUUGGAAUCUUUAUUAAGUAGUGUCUACUGUAGCUCAGUUUAUUAAAAGUCUCAACGUCCAAUAACAUUAACAGUUAGGUUGGUGGAAAUUCAUUUUAUUAUUGGAUAAAUUAACUGGAAACAUGCAAUAGUUUAGAAUUUACAGUGGCCCAAAUGUACUUUGACACUUAAGUCACACUUAAAAAUGUAUGAUAUAAUAGCAUUAGAUAAAAUGGCAAACCAAGUGCCGUGUCGCAUGUGUCCAACUAGUAAUGGCAAAAAUUUCCCAGAAAAGUGAAGUUAGUUCAGGAAAAUGCUCUAGCAUCAUUUGUUUGCAGAUGCAAUUUGAUAGUAGUUUGUUAUCUAAUACAAUGUCAUUCAUACUGUACAUUUUAAGUAUGUCUUAAAUGUCCAAAUACAUUUUGCGGCCAUUGUAGAUGCAGAUAUGCAACUUGUGCUCUAUUUGGAUCAAAGAAAGGACGAAACAUGCAUGCAUGUUGGAUGAAACAAGAGGUAAUUAAGGUCUAGAAAAUACUGUGUAAACAGACAGUUGAACUGCUUUAUUCUUAUUCUUUAUUAACUCUGCUAAAGAUACACUAGCAAAGCAAUUUCUUGUCUUACAUCUUUAAGUGAAUACUGGAUACACCAUUGCUAAGUGUUGUUUUCCUUGACUGUUAAAUCAUACAUGUAGUCCAUAUGACAUUGCCUGAGGCUUUCUUUUUGCAAAUUGUAUAAAGCUGGCAUUUUUCUGCAUUAUGUAAGCUAUUAUUAACAUCAUAAUGUUAACAGUUGUUUUGUUUUCACAGUGUGUAAUACUUUGGGUACGUCAUAUAUGUUUGUGACACGUCUGACUCAUCUCGUUGAAACUGCUUAUGACAUACUUGCCAAACUGCACCUCUCAGAGUGUGACCAUACUGACCCGUAACAUUCAACUCAAAUAGGUUAACAAAACAAACUACCUGACCUCUCCAGACUUCUUACCUCUCCUGAAGCAUACACUUCUUGUUUUUUGACAAGACCCACUUUCAGACCUAGCUGAUUAUGACUGGUUCUUUUACACUGAAGAUUGAAUGCAAAUGUAUGCAGCAAUAUAGUUGUAUUAUUAGGCUUACUGUUUAUGCUAUUCAUAUGAUUAAAACAUUCUUUUUACAAUAGUCAGCAAAAGUCAAGCUGAAACUUGACAAGCUGACAUCACAUUCCUGAGAUGUUAGUUUUUUUUCUCCAAAUUAAUUUAUUUCGAGUUAAUUUUGUAGCAUUCAAGAGAGCUUGAAACAAUAAUUUAAAAUCACUUUUCUAAUCAAAAUAUGUCUAUCAGGAGUUGUUUGCAAUUCCAGAUGACCAGAAAAAACACUUGUCUAUGAAAAAUGUUCUUUUAAAAUAAAAAAUAAAAAGAGAAUUUUUGCUAAAUAUAGAAAUCCACGUGCCGUAAUUUUGAAACAUUGAUUGUGAAUACAGAUUUCCAUAUUUAUCUUUUCUCAAAAAGCAAUGUGUACUCCUAUGGAUGGUUUCAUGUUUUUCCUAUGUUGUCAGUACAGUUUUAAAUGUCUUCAAUAUGUACUUGUUUGUUAAUGGACCAUUAACAUAAAUGUUCUAAAAAUAAAAUGUUAAACUGGAGAUUAAGACAUCUACUUGUGAUCCUCAGUUGUGUUAUUAUACACUG